AAAGCUGGAGAGCGGUGUACAGCUAGCGCGUAUUGACGAUAGAUAGUCCGCGCUAGCAAACUAGCAAGUAGGAAGACGGCAAGAGACACAAUUCCCUAGAAACCGCCCAAAAGCUUCCUGCAAUCCGGCGGCUUUGGCGUUGAACUCCCUUCCUUGCCUUGUUUGAUUAGCAGUAUCGGCUGCCAAAGAUUUCUCUUCUUUAUUUUUCUCGGUUCGGAAGGUGCAGCGCAGGGGAGGGAAAUAAAUCGCUCCGGCGAGAUUCCUGUGGAGAUGAGUUAGGUGCGAGGACCACUCAUAAAUUCCGCCCUGCCCGUUCUUUCAGAUCUGCUCCGUGCUGUGCAUCUGCUGCUGCCUUGCGUUUCUGUUCUGGUCACCCAUGCGUCGUCGCCGGAGCCCAAUCUCGCCGCUCGGAGUUUCUUGACCUGGUCGGAGUUUCCAUUUCCCCGGUGGUCAACUUGUUCCUCUCAAAGGUUGAAUUCUUUCACCCCGAGGAUUUCGUCAUUUCGUGUCGACUCGCGCUGAUUUGAUUUUUCCUUUUUCUGGAGCAGUCCACCGCUUCCAGUGGAGACAGAAGCGUGUUCUUGAAGCAGAGCUCAAUUCCUGCUUGAAAAUCCCUCCCUUUCCCCUUUUCCCUUGGUUUCUUUGCUCUCGCUCGCCUUUGCCGCGAUUUGCUUGCUCCACAGUCCACAGUCCUCCGUUCUUGUCCCGCCUGAAUCUCCCCUCGAGCGGCAGCUUUGCUUGCGGCUUCUUCCCACACUCGUUUCCCCGUCUCGGAUUUCAUUCCCCAAUGGGCAACGCGUUCGCGUGCAUGCCGCGCAAGGAGCAGCGGGGCGCGGCCGUGGUGUCGCGCAGCAAGCGGAUGGGGAGCGCGCGGUCGGCGCGCGGCGGGCCCAAGCUCACGCCCGCGGAGGAGGAGCUCCUGCACCGCCAGGCGCUGGCCAUGGCCAUCCACCAGCACCUCGACGCCGGCGGCUCUAUGUCGCGCCGCAUCGACGCCGGGGCCUCCCUGUCCCGACGCAUGGCCCCCGGCUCAACCAGCUCCCGCCGCCGCGGCGACCUGCCGGACUCCGUCACGAAUGCCAAGCCCGCCCCAAUUGUCCUGGAGAAUUUAGAAACAAAGAAAAUAGUCCUUGUUCAUGGAGAAGGAUUUGGUGCUUGGUGCUGGUACAAGACCAUCUCACACCUGGAGGAAGCUGGUCUAGAUCCUGUUGCCUUAGAUCUCACAGGUUCUGGCAUAGACCAUACUGAUACAAACAGCAUAGCUACAUUAGCAGAUUACUCCAAGCCAUUAAUUGAUUACCUUGAAAAACUUCCUGAAGAUGAGAAGGUCAUUUUGGUCGGCCAUAGUUGCGGAGGUGCAAGUGUGUCAUAUGCAUUGGAGCAGUACCCCAAAAAGAUAUCAAAGGCGGUGUUUCUUACAGCUACGAUGGUAAAGGAUGGCCAGCGGCCCUUUGACGUGUUCUCUGAGGAACUCCGGUCAGCAGAUGUCUUCUUGCAAGAAUCACAGUUUUUAGUUUAUGGAAAUGGAAAGGACAAGCCUCCCACUGGGCUGAUGUUCGAUAAACAGCAGAUCAAGGGGCUCUAUUUCAACCAAACACCUUCCAAGGAUAUGGCGCUAGCGGCGGUGUCCAUGAGGCCUAUCCCUCUAGCCCCAAUCAUGGAGAAGCUCUCCCUCACCCCAGAGAACUACGGCACCGUCCGCCGCUACUUCAUCCAGACGCUCGAUGACCACAUGCUGUCGCCAGAUGCCCAGGAGAAGCUGGUCCGCGAGAACCCUCCUGACGGCAUCUUCAAGAUCAAGGGCGGCGACCACUGUCCCUUCUUCUCGAAGCCGCAGUCCCUCAACAAGAUCCUGCUGGAGAUCGCACAGAUCCAAUCCUCCGUGGGGCUGCUCCCAGGCAAGGCGAGCGCGGAGGAGACCACCGCUGCCACAGCAGCAGCGGCAGCUAAGUCAUGACUGCAUGUAUGUAGUGUACAUGAAAAGAAAAAUGAGUAGCACAUAGGAGGAUGCAAAAGGGAGGGAGGAAGGUCUGGGGAUUAACUGAAAGCAGCUGUGUCGGAUAAUAAUGUAGGGAGGUCAAAGUGUUUGUUUUUUUUUCCUUCUGCCAUCAGAUCAGAUCAUAUAGAGAAUGAGAGGUGGUAAUCAGAUAGUUGCAUUUCUUUUUUUACCCUGUGAAUGAAUGAAUGAGAUAUGAAGUUGAAGUCUGUCUGUGAUGUGUGCCCUGCUUGAACAGUGAGCAAUGUCAAUGCAGAUAGCACUUGUGGUGAUGCUUAAUUCACCAACAAUUAUUGUUAAUUUGAUGGUAAUCC